UAUCUUUAAUUUUUGAGGCGUUUUUUGUUUUUUUAUUAGACAUAAACUAACCUUAAAACUAAGUUGAUUUAUUUUGAGAAUUGUUUUGAAUUGUUUAGAACUGGCAUUAGUUAACCGACAAAACACAAUUAUUACUUAUUUAGAUUGGCAGAGUCCUUACCAUGGGAGAUGAAGAUGUAAUACGACGACGCCUGCUAAUAGAUGGAGAUGGUACCGGUGACGAUAGAAGACUUAAUGUUUUGUUAAAAACUUUAAUUAAAUGGUGUAAUGCAACUGACGACAGUGCGGAAGAAAGUAAGUCUACACAUGACAGAAUGUUGGCACAAUUAGCUCAAUGUGAGUUUGCGGUCACAAAAUCUCAGCUUGGUGCAGAUAUGAUGGCAGCUGAACUUGAAAGCUAUGAAAACUUAUCUAAAAUACUUGAAGAUGGUAUAGAAAUAGCAAAAAAGAAUAUAGAAAAGAGCAAAGCAGAUUUAGCCCAAGCCAAAACAGUCCGAAAAAACCGAAUAGAGUAUGAUGUACUAGCCAAAGUUAUUAGUGAACAACCAGACAGGAAAGAAACUUUAGAUCAAUUGAGUACAUUAAAGAAUGAAUUAAGUAGUUUAGAAGCUACUAAACAACAACUAGAGAGUCGUUUAGGUCUAAGAAAAAAACAAUUUCAUGUUCUGGUAACUUCUAUACAUCAGCUACAGGCAUUAUUAGAUGAACCUGAGGAUACAGAUACUGCUAUAGAGGAUGUGGAAAUGAAAGAUACAAUUGAAUCGUAAUUUAUAUUGAGUUAUAUAAAAAAAUUGAAAUUGAUAAUUGAAUAAAGUGUGAGUUUUGUA